GACGUUAAAUGUUUUGGAGUAACGGGAAUUCCUUUUGAUUUUGGUGUUGUUUUUAUUUUUAAAAUUAAAUAAUUUGUCCGUAAAUAUACAAAAUGACAUUACAGGAAGGUGAAAAUCAAGAGGAAAGUCAGGAUGAAAUAGAAAUUUUACUACCAAAUACAACAAUUGUCACACAUUGCAUUUUAAAAGAUGAUAUUCCUCGAUUGACAAAAUCAUUUGAAGAUGACAGUGAUCCUUUCAAAGAAACAAUCGCAGAGUUAAUAAAUCAGAGGGACAACGAUGGCAAAUCUCCUCUAGAUAUUGCCUCUACUCUCGGACGAGCAGACAUGGCCAGGGAAUUAUUGCAGAGAGGAGCAGAUGUUAAUUCAUUAACACCAAAAGGUUUUUGUGCUUUACAUCAUGCAGCUGCCUGGGGUAAACUUGAUGUGAUAAAAAUCCUUGUAGAAUUUCAGUGCAACCUUCAACAGAGAAAUGUACAUAAUGAGCGAGCUCGUGAAACAGCUGUAAGAUAUGGUCAUACUGAAUGUGUAGACUUUUUAGAUUGGGCAGAGGCAAAGGUUGCUCUUCUUGACUUAGUUAAGCAAACACAAGAAACAGUUCAGGAUCCAGAGAAAGUCCAGGGCAGGCUUACAAAAGAAGACAAGACAAUAUCUCUAAACAGUUGUAAAGAGAAGGCAGAAUGGGUAGAAAGUAAUCCAGGGGCAACAACUCAUGACUUUAUUGAACAAAAAGAGUUAUUGGAAGAAAUUCUUGGACCAAUUUUACUGAAACUUACUGAACCGCCCCCAGAAAAACCAGAAAAAAAGUAAAUGAAGAACAUUCUGUGAUAUCAAUAAUUUCAACUCUACAAAGACUCUUAAUUACAUAAUAUUAUAGUUCAUUCACAAAUGUAUAUAUAUGUAUGUUUGUGUCACCUUAUCUAAUGAUAUUGUUAUAAAAAAUAAAAUGGAUGAAAAAAAAA